CGGGAUCGGACUCUAUUCUUUGAUUUUACUUUAUUCUUCUAAAGAUUCCCAUGUGGUUGAACCUUAAGAAACAAUGUCCGAACCAGGUAUCAUAAAAAAACUUAGUGAGGAUGUGGUGAACCGAAUUGCAGCCGGAGAGAUCGUUCAAAGGCCGGCAAACGCUUUGAAGGAACUUAUUGAAAAUAGUUUGGAUGCCAAGUCAACCAAUAUAAUAAUUGCUGUAAAAGCUGGCGGCUUAAAAUACUUGCAGAUCCUAGACAAUGGCACUGGUAUCCGGAGCGACAACUUAGACAUUGUCUGUGAGCGCUUCACCACCUCAAAGCUGAGCCAGUAUGAGGAUCUACAAGAGAUCGACACUUACGGCUUCCGGGGUGAGGCUCUGGCGAGCAUCAGCCAUAUUGCCCAUCUGACUAUACUCACCAAGACUGCCGCUUCUAAAUGUGCUUACAAGGCAUCAUAUGAAGACGGCAAGCUAAAAGGCCCGAUAAAGGCCUGUGCUGGCAACAAUGGCACCCAAAUCACCGUAGAAGACCUAUUCUACAACGUCAUAGCCCGCAAAAGAGCCCUACGGAGCCCUACAGAAGAAUACACACACAUAAUGGAUGUGGUUGGUGGUUAUGCGGUGCAUAAUAGCCAUGUUGGGUUUACGCUAAAGAAGUUUGGAGAGAAGACCGAUUUGAAGACCCCCGUUAAUUCUUCCGUUAUAGAAAAUGUUAGGAUUAUUCACGGUAACUCAAUAGCCAGAGAGUUGAUGGAGCUGGAGAUAAAAGACGAAACGCUAAAGCUGUCCAUACACGGAUAUAUUACGAACGUCAACUAUUCCCAUAAGAAAGGAGUGAUGCUGCUGUUUAUCAAUCAUCGAUUAGUUGAUUCGCAAUCUAUUCGCAAAGCGGUUGACUCCGUGUACUCAACGUAUUUGCCGAAGAACUCUCACGCUUUCGUCUACCUCAGUAUAGAAUUAGAUCCCAAAAAUGUGGAUGUAAAUGUGCACCCUACGAAGCAUGAGGUACAGUUCCUGUACGAAGAACAAAUCAUAGAGAAGUUAAAGGCGUGUGUUGAAAGUAAACUGCUUAGCUGUAACUCUACGCGUGUGUUGUAUACGCAGGCUCGACUACCCGGAGCUACGAUUGUCGAAGAAAUGGUGAAAAAAACAACGGAUGCGGCCAAAGUAAACCCCAACAACAUGGUCCGAGUGACCUCCGAUGUUCAGAAGAUAGACAAAUUCUUCAGAACCAAGCCUAUAGAAACAGACGCAAAUAAUUACGAAAACACUGAAAAAACAAAUGAAAUGCCUGCCAAAGAAGGUGUAAAAACAACAGAUAAUAAUGACAAAGACAAAAUGGUAGUAGAUGAAGUCAUAGAAAAUUCACUUAUAGAAGAACCAGCGGUAAUAAAUAAAAUGCCAGAGAAAUGGAAAAAUCAUUCCGCUUUAGACCAAGGCAACACAAGCUACAUAGAUCCUAAAGAAUCUUUCAAAACUAGAACGUUUAAGUAUGAACGCACUGAAACGAAAUUGACCAGUGUGAAGCAGUUAAGAAUGGAUGUCGAAAAACAGUGUAAUUCGAAUCUAAGGGAGAUUUUGGCCAAUUUGAUAUUUAUUGGGUGUAUAGAUUUGCAUAAAUCGCUUAUACAGCAUUCAACGAAGCUGUAUUUGUGUGACACGACUCGGUUGACUGAAGAAUUAUUCUACGAAACGAUGCUAUACGACUUCCAGAACUUCGGUCUGAUAAAACUAUCGAACCCACUGCCUUUGGAAGAGCUGUUCGUCCUCGGUCUAUCGUCCCAAGAGUCAGAAUGGGACCCUGAACUAGGAGAUAUGAGAGAGAUGGCGCAACAAAUGUGUCAGCUUCUAACGAGCAAGCGAACCAUGCUUCUAGAAUACUUCUCGCUAGAGCUAAGCAGCGAUGGACAACUGUUGGCGCUGCCCCUGUUGUUGGACAACCACACCCCUUUCAUGGGCGCAUUACCGAUCUACCUCGUCCGCCUGGUCACCGAAGUCAACUGGGACUCCGAGAAAGAGUGUUUCGACACCUUCAGCCGCCAAACCGCCAUUUUCUAUUCCCAACCCAACCCUGACAACACCGCAGAGUCGGUAAAGUCAGAGCAAUGGAAGCAGGAACAUGUUAUAUUCCCAGCUAUAAGAAGGAACUUUUUACCGCCUACUAGCUUUGUGAGUAAUGGAGUGAUAUUACAGAUUGCUAAUCUGCCAGAUUUGUAUAAGGUGUUUGAAAGAUGUUAGCACAUUCAGGGCCAAGAACCCGACAGUCGGGUACACUGUUGGUAGCGACUACGCGCUACAUACGGCGAAAACGUGGCUACGCGCUACGAGCGUAACCCGUAGCACUUAGGGACAAUAAAUGUGUUAAUAUAGUCUAAGCCAGAUACUUACUACCUCAGAGUCGGUCAAGUCAGAGCAUUGGAAGCAGGAACAUGUUAUAUUCCCAGCCAUAAGGAGGAAUUUCUUACCGCCUACGAGUUUUGUGAGUAAUGGAGCGAUAUUACAGAUUGCUAAUCUGCCAAUUUGUAUAAGGUGUUUGAGAGAUGUUAAUAUAGUCUAACCCAGAUACUACUAGAGUCGGUCAAGUCAGAGCAUUGGAAGCAGGAACAUGUUAUAUUCCCAGCCAUAAGGAGGAAUUUCUUACCGACUACGAGUUUUGUGAGUAAUGGAGCGAUAUUACAGAUUGCUAAUCUGCCAAUUUGUAUAAGGUGUUUGAGAGAUGUUAAUAUAGUCUAACCCAGAUACCUACUAGAGUCGGUCAAGUCAGAGCAUUGGCAGCACAACAUGUUAUAUUCCCAGCUAUAAGAAGAAACUUUUUACCGCCUACUAGCUUUGUGAGUAAUGACGCGAUAUUACAGAUUGCUAAUCUGCCAGAUUUGUAUAAGGUGUUUGAGAGAUGUUAAUAUAGCCCAACCCAUAUACUACCCGAGUUGGUAAAGUCAGAGCAUUGGAAGCAGGAACAUGUUAUAUUCCCAGCUAUAAGAAGAAACUUUUUACCGCCUACUAGCUUUGUGAGCAAUGGAGCGAUAUUACAGAUUGCUAAUUUGCCAGAUUUGUAUAAGGUGUUUGAGAGAUGUUAAAGUUUAAUCCAGAUACCUACUAGAGUCGGUCAAGUCAGAGCAUUGGAAGCACGAACAUGUUAUAUUCCCAGCCAUAAGGAGGAAUUUCUUACCGCCUACUAGCUUUGUGAGCAAUGGAGCUAUAUUACAGAUACCGAAUUUGCCAGAUUUGUAUAAGGUGUUUGAGAGAUGUUAAUAUAGUCUAACCCUGAUACUACCACAGAGUAGGUCAAGUCAGAGCAAUGGAAGCAGGAGCUUGUUAUAUUCCCAGCUAUAAGAAGGAACCUUUUACCGCCUACUAGCUUUGUGAGCAAUGGAGCGAUAUUACAAAUUGCUAAUUUGCCAGAUUUGUAUAAGGUGUUUGAGAGAUGUUAAUAUAGUCUAACUCUGAUACUACCACAGCGUCGGUCAAGUCAGAGCAUUGGAAGCAGGAACAUGUUAUAUUCCCAGUCAUAAGAAGGAACUUUUUACCGCCUACUAGCUUUGUGAGUAAUGGAGCGAUAUUACAGAUUGCUAAUCUGCCGGAUUUGUAUAAGGUGUUUGAGAGAUGUUAAAGUCUAACCCAGAUA